AUGACCGUAGCUGAGUAUGCUUCUAAGUUAGAGUCGUUGGCGAAACAUUUCCGCUACUUUCGAGGACAGAUAGAUGAAGGCUAUAUGUGCGAGCGCUUCAUUGAUGGGCUGAGUUAUGAGCUACAGAGGGCGGUGCAACCGCUAGGGCUGAACCGCUACCAAGUGCUGGUGGAGAAGACCAAGGGAAUCGAGGCCAUUGAUAACGCAAGGGGAAAGUACCAAGGUCUGAACAAGUCUAACCAAGGAAGUGGUGGUCCGACAAGGACUAACCAAGGAAGAGAUGACAAGGGCAAGCACUAUCAGAAGAAGCUAUACCUCCGUUCCCAGGGUGAGGGAGCAGCUUCUGGGACUUUUUAUCCCUCGGGCGGGGAUGGAACUGGACCGAGACCUCUUUCGGUGAGCCGAGAGGAUGUGACUUGCUUUAGGUGCAACAAAAAGGGGCAUUUUGCUAAUCGCUGUACUGAAGGUCCUCUGUUGUGCUGGAACUGCAACAAGCCAGGUCACACUGCCGUAGAGUGCAGGAUUCCUAAAGUUGAGGUUGCUGUAAAUGUUGCUAGGGCAAGAAGGCCUACUGCUGGUGGAAGGGUCAACUUCAUUAGUGGAACUGAAGUUGAUAAAGACGAGGGUCUAAUCCGCGGUACCCGCGAGAUCCCGGGUAAUUCCCUUAUCGUACUAUUUAAUUGUGGUACUACACAUUCUGUUAUAGAUUUAGCUUGUGCGACGUGGUUAAAACUAGAUGUGACAGAAUUACCGUUCGACCUGAUAGUAUCUACUCUUGUUUCAUAA